AUGACUUUUACGAGCAAAAUCCCCAAGGACGUUAUGGCUAAGGAGAUUGAAGACAUGCUGAGCUACAGUCUAAAAGUCCGCCGCAGGAAGUUUCUGGAGACUGUUGAGCUACAAGUAGCCCUGAAAAACUAUGAUCCUCAAAGGGAUCGUCGUUUUGCAGGCACUGUUAGGCUAAAGCACACACCGCGGCCGAAAUUUUCUGUGUGUGUUCUGGGAGACCAACAACACUGUGAUGAAGCAAAGGCUAACAAUAUCCCUUGCAUGGAUGUUGACGAGCUAAAGAAACUGAACAAGGAUAAAAAGCUUGUUAAGAAGCUCAGUAAGAAGUAUCAGGCUUUUCUCGCUAGCGAGAGUGUCAUACGGCAGAUACCCAGGAUUUUGGGCCCCGGCCUUAACAAGGCGGGAAAAUUCCCUACUGCUGUUUCCCACCAGGAACCUCUUCUGCAGAAGGUCGAGGAUAUUCGUGCUACCAUUAAGUUUCAGAUGAAGAAGGUCCUCUGCCUUGGUGUUGCCGUUGGUAAUGUAGGAAUGACAAAGGAGCAAUUGCAACAGAACAUAACCCUGGCAAUUAACUUCCUUGUUUCCCUUCUGAAGAAAAACUGGCAGAACGUCCGUGCCCUGUACAUCAAAACGACUAUGGGGCCACCCCAUCGCCUUUACUAA